AUGGGAGAAGAUUUGAGACUUUAACGCAGGAACUCUAAUUAUGACACUAACCCUAAUAAUUAAUCUCGAUAUUCAAAUGCUUCUCCAAGAGGAAAUCCUAACCAAAGUCCUAAUCAUUUCAGAGUAUCUCCAACAGCAUAAAGAGGGCCUGCACAGGUUGGGGACAUGACUUUUACAAAUAUAUAGUAGCAAGAAAUGCAAAUUAGAAUUCUUAAUGAAUUGGUCAAUGAGAAAAAGAAGAUAUAGCAGCUCAAAGAGAUCAAACUGAAACUUAAAAAGACAAUGGAUGAAUAUACUACGAAGGGAAGAUUCGACUAAGGAUUUGCUGAAUAUGAGGAGAAGAACUGUGUGAUUUGCUUCGAUGAUUACACGACCAAAAAUGUGAUUAGGAAAGUUAAAAGAUGUGGGCAUCUGUUUCACGGCAAUUGCCUAAAAAGUUGGAUAUCCAAGCAUGUUGAUGAUCCUAAAUGUCCUCUGUGUAAUUUAAACAUUAAAAAUGAGGAUAGAGUAAGAAAAUGA